GGGCAGGAGGGAGGGUCCGCCCGCCCCAGCGCUUCCGGCGGGGCCGGCCGCGGCUCCGCCAUGGGGAAGAAGCACAAAAAGCACAAAGCCGAGAAAGCAGAAUGGCGCUCCACCUCCGCCACCGCCUACGAUUAUGGGGACAAGCCUUUGGAAAAACCCUUAAAGCUGGUUCUUAAGGUUGGAGGCAGUGAAGUCACCGAACUCUCUGGGUCAGGGCAUGAUUCUAGUUACUACGAUGAUAGAUCAGAUCAUGAGCGAGAGCGACAUAAAGAAAAGAAGAAAAAAAAGAAGAAAAAGUCAGAGAAGGAAAAAGAAAAGCAUCUAGAUGAUGAGGAAAGAAGAAAGAGAAAGGAAGAGAAAAAGAGAAAAAGGGAGAAGGAGCAGUGUGACACUGAAGGAGAAACUGAUGACUUUGAUCCUGGGAAAAAGGUGGAGGUUGAACCUCCUCCAGAUCGUCCUGUCAGAGCAUGCAGAACUCAACCAGCUGAAAAUGAGAGCACACCGAUCCAGCAAUUAUUGGAACACUUCCUUCGUCAACUUCAAAGGAAAGAUCCUCAUGGGUUUUUUGCUUUUCCAGUCACGGAUGCCAUUGCUCCUGGAUAUUCCAUGAUAAUAAAACACCCUAUGGAUUUUGGUACAAUGAAGGAAAAAAUUGCAGCAAAUGAAUACAAAUCCGUCACUGAAUUCAAGGCAGAUUUUAAACUGAUGUGUGAUAAUGCAAUGACUUACAACAGACCAGAUACUGUUUACUACAAACUAGCCAAGAAGAUACUGCACACAGGCUUUAAGAUGAUGAGCAAAGAACGGCUAUUAGCUUUGAAGCGCAGCAUGUCGUUUAUGCAGGACAUGGAUUUUUCUCAGCAGGCAGCUCUUUUGGGUGAUGAAGACACAGCAGUUGAAGAACCUGUUCCUGAAGUUGUUCCUGUACAAGCAGAGACUACCAAGAAAUCCAAAAAGCAAAAUAAAGAAGUUAUUAGCAAAACUUACUUGAGUAUCGGAUCUGAGUCUCUAUACAGAGAGAAAUUCUUAGCUAAGCAAAUGGAAGAAGAUAACCCAGGAGAGAGAAAUGGAUUUGGUGUGAGGAGAUGCUCUACCCAGUACCUAAGCUGCAUUUUUGAACCUGAGGGGAAUGCGUGCAGCCUGACAGACAGCACUGCUGAAGAACAUGUCCUGGCACUAGUGGAACAUGCAGCAGAUGAAGCUCGGGAUAGGAUCAAUCGAUAUCUACCCAACAGCAAGAUUGGUUAUCUGAAAAAAAAUGGAGAUGGGACUUUAUUAUUUAGUGUAGUAAAUUCCUCUGAUCCAGAAGCAGAAGAGGAAGAAACUCACCCAGUGGAUCUGAGUUCACUGUCAAGCAAAUUAUUACCUGGCUUCACUACACUGGGCUUCAAAGAUGAACGAAGAAAUAAAGUAACCUUUCUUACCAGUGCCAACACAGCACCUUCCUUGCAAAACAACUCUAUAUUUCAUGAUUUGAAACCAGAUGAGAUGGAACUUCUAUACUCAGCAUAUGGUGAUGAAACUGGUAUCCAGUGUGCCUUAAGCUUACAGGAAUUUGUGAAGGAUGCUGGAAGUUACAGCAAGAAAAUAGUUGAUGAUCUUCUGGACCAGAUCACUAGUGGCGACCAUUCCAAAACUAUUUAUCAACUAAAACAGAGGCGAAACAUCCCCGUAAAACCACUGGAUGAAGUUAAAGUUCUGCCAGUUCUUAUAAAAGAAGAACACAAGUUGCGUAAUACCUGCCUGGAUUCUUCCAAACAGAUUAUGGUUGGAGAAUCUGCUGGAGACAGUAACACUUCUGACCUGGACUUUCUCUCAAUGAAGCCCUAUUCAGAUGUAUCUCUUGAUAUUUCUAUGUUAAGUUCGUUAGGAAAAGUGAAGAAGGAGCUUGAGCAUGAUGAUAACCAUCUACAUCUGGAUGAAACAACUAAACUGCUUCAGGACCUUCAUGAAGCUCAGGCUGACAGAGUGGGAUCUCGGCCAUCAUCCAAUUUGAGUUCCCUCUCCAAUACCUCUGAAAGAGACCAACACCAUCUUGGAAGCCCCUCUCAUCUGAGUGUUGGAGAACAGCAAGACAUGGUUCAUGAUCCCUAUGAAUUUCUUCAGUCUCCAGAAACGUCAAAUGCUACUAGUAACUAAUCUGACAUGUACUAUAUUUAUUUUGUAUUUUAAUUGUAUUAUGUUUUUAUAAAGUUUUUGUCCAUGACAGAAAUUGCAUUUUUGUCCUCUUUUCUGUGAGGAUUGGUGUAUAAUAUUAUCAUGUAUACAGGAUUAAACAAGCAAACAUAGAAAAACCCCCACCCCAAAUUAAUUAGUGCAUAAUGUCAAUGGCAAUGUACCAAGAACUACUUUCAUUUUGUUUCUUAAGGGAGAGUGUUAUCUACUGGUGUGUGAAUCUUGACUGAAAACCAGCAAAUAAUGUGUAAGAAAAAUUUAUAUUUUAUAGACACUGAAAUGUGAUAAUUUUCCCAGAAUCAUGGCAGCCGUUGUUAAAUGUUUGCAGUACAAUUAUCAGCUAGUUCUGUUGGUAGUUGUUCUGUUAUCCACUGUUCAGGUUAAGACCUGAACAUCUCCAGGAUGGAACAAAGAACUGCCUGAAUUGGGAUCGUUGUUGUAUUUUCCAUCUCCUAAUGCUAAUAAUCUGUAGGAAUUGUUUUUAAACAUUUCCCCAUAUUUUUAAAUCUUUUUUUAAUCACUGUAGAGAGCACUUAAUUUGAGAGUAACAGUGGUUCCAGUAAAAUGCUCAUUUUACAGGACUUCUGCCCUGGAUUUGAAAAAGAUGAAUGUUUUUGUGAUCUCUUGUAUCUUGAAACACAAAGAAAAGAUAAUACUUGUAUUUUUUAUUAUGAUGUGUAUAUUUCAUAGGAUGGAAAAAAUACUGGCUAAGGUGUGCUUUUCAAUAAUUCCAAAAUAAAAUUUUGGAUUUUAUAAUACAUCAAUACUGAAACUGAGGGGUUUUGUACUAUGUGCAAGCAGAUAAAUGUUAUCAAUUUACAUUAUUUUGUAAAUAUUAAUAAAAAUAGAAAAGCAGUUUUGAUGUACAGAAAAUCUGUUUUUCUUGCCAGGGAAAAGUUUGCUUCCAUAUUACUAUGUCUGAAAUGCUUAAGAGUUUUGGGUUGAAUUAAUGUGCUGCUUCAAAAGAUUAAUUUCAUCGUACCACAUGUAGCUAUAAACAAAAGAAACUAUUAGUUUUUAGGAACCAUCAACGAAGUCACUCAGGUAACUGAUAGUAAAGUCUUGAUAAAGUCUAAAUAGGAAGAUUGUUUUGUUCCAAGCAGAAGUGCUACAGAAAGCACAUGGUGAAGUUUUCCUGUCUGGGAGUUGUUAGGAAUGUGGCAGUGGCAGCAAGUGCUUGGGCUCCUUUGCUGCUCCUGCAUUCUAAUUCCUCCUGACCGUGGAGGUGAUGUGGAUGAUCUGCUGCACUGUGACAAGUGGUAUUGGUGAGGAUUUGCAUGGACACACAGCCUUGUGUUGGCCUGCAGCUUCCCCAGAUGUUUCCAGUUGAAAAGUGUCUUUAAAACUAAUGUGCUUUUGAUCUCCAGUAAGUCUGGUUUCUCAUACAGUAAAUAUAAAUUGAUUCCUGUAGUAGACUCUAAUUUAGAGUUACGGUUGGUGAGGAAAUCUUUAUUGAAACACUUGCUGUUGAAUUGCCUGCCUUAACUCUUGAAUAAAAUUCUGCAGGAGAAUGGUUAAAAUGCCCCUCUAGAGGAAUGUGCUGGUUUGCUUUGGUUUUUGUUUGAGCUGCAGUGUUUAUGAUUGGAAACUGAAAUAAUGUGCAGUAUCUUAUUUGAUGCCUUCACCUUGGAUUUCAGGCAGAAGAAUGCAUUCAACCUCUGUGAAAUUCUGUAGAUCAACCUUUAUGGGCUCCUUGUGUACAUUGUAUAAAAGGCUCGAUGUCGUUUGCAUUGUUACUGUACCAGAGAGCACUUUGUGCCUGAGGAAGGUUUACUUAUUUAUUCAGCCUAUCUGGCCCUUAAGCAAUGUUAAUUUUGCACAGCGGUCUCCAACUGCUGUUCCAUGGUGCUGGACAGUCCCUUCACUAGGCCUACUGUCUGCAUUCCCCAGGAAAAAAAUGCUUUUAGGGCAAAACUUCUUCCCAGGAGCAAAUGCAAAUGUUUUUGCUGUGGUGCCUUCUCAUAAGUGGCAGACAUUGACUUGUAACCUCUUUGCUGAAUGUACUGAGAUGUGAUUGGGCUCACGAAAUGCCACAAGAAAGGCUUUCAUCUUUCUUUGAGCUAUCUCAUCCUCCUAGAUUUUAUGGAAAGAUUGGACUCUUGAGUUUGCAGCCUCUGGUAAAAAAAUGCCAGAAUUUUAAAGUAAGUGGUUUAGGUAAUGUCUUUCAGUCAUUUGUUUGUCACAGUGCAUUUUUACUGAUUCUCAGGCUAAAAGAGAAUCUCUUGCUCCUCUUCCUUGUUGGUGUAGGUGCCUGUGUUUGUACCAUUGGUACACUGUUGCAUUUUCCAAGUGAUUCUGGUUUAUUUGAAAAAAAAGCCUUAAGAAGAAAUUUUCUGGUCCUUUCCUUACUUAUUUGAAGGGUACAAAAUUCCCUAAGCCAUGUCUUACUUGCUCUUGUCUCUGCCGGUUGUAAGUUCAUAUACACACAAAAGCUUUGAACUAACCAGUAAAGGCCUCUAAUCUUAUGGUCCUAUUUAAACACUAAGAAUUUGAAAAACUUGAUUCAGUUCUGUGAGUUUAUUUAACAUAUAUCAUUAUUUAUUUAAUCUGAGAGAAACACCAUUCCUUUCUAGUGUGUUUGGUAGAUAUUUCCCGUUUGGCUUACUUGGGAGAUGACUCUGUGUCUAUGACAUCCCGUUCAAAUCUGUAGUACAUAACGUGUAACAUCUGCUAGCUAGGUGGCACCAUAUGUCAGUAAACUAUGUGAGUUCCCAUCAGCUGGAAUAUGCUGCCACUGAAAUUGAGGGGAAAUUCCCAGGGUGUUUUGUAAAAUCAACCCAGGUUUUCUAUAAAAAAUUGAGAAAAUUAAAUGAAUUUUUCUGCUUUUUUCUCUAAUGACUGCUGUAUCAAAAAGUGUGUUGCACUAAAGAUGUAAGCAAUGUUAAGAGAAACCUUAGGUCUGUUCUUCCACAGGAUAGAAAUAUAUCAAUGAAAAUGUAAAAUGGUAUAAAUAACUGUGAUUAUUCUUUUCUCUUUUGUAUGUCUAUCAUCAAUCUCAUGUUUUAGCACAGUCAUCUUCAGUGGCAGUAAAAGGAACGUUGAGACUGCAUUGCAGAUGUGGCAAACGACUUUGUAAACAAGGACUCAGCAUGGAGCAACUUUAUUCCACUCUCUGAGAUACACAAGUACAGGGACAGAAUUUGCCUGAAAAUAUAAGGUGAAAAAUAAAAAUAAAAAAGAAAUCUUUCUAAUGUU